AGCCGCGCUACCUUCGAUCGCAUCCCCCGACUUAGCGUAAAAGCUUCAGUCUCUAUCCACCACCCUUUUUUCGACAUCGUGGGGAGGGAAUGAUCCCGUGUUUUUGAUAAAAUCAGCAUCGAAGUUUGAUACAUUUCCCGGAUAUACAGUUACUGCCUGUGCCAGAGCGCGACAGCUUCUCCUCCAGCUUCCUCGCCCCAACUUUGCGACAUGGGCGACACAACGACUGCCCAGUCCCAACUUGGGUCUAUAGCCCUCAAUGGCUCUUCACCCAAGAAGGUUGCCUACUUUUACGACUCCGACAUUGGUAACUAUGCCUAUGUUACUGGGCAUCCCAUGAAGCCCCAUCGUAUUCGUCUGGCACACAGCUUGAUCAUGCAGUACAACCUGUACCAGAAGAUGGAGAUUUACCGCGCAAAACCAGCCACGCGAGGCGAGAUGACACAAUUCCAUACCGAUGAUUACAUUGAUUUCCUGCAAAAAGUCACACCCGACAACAUGGACAGCUACAUGCGCGAACAAGGCAAAUACAACGUCGGAGAUGACUGCCCUGUGUUUGAUGGCCUCUUUGAGUUCUGUGGUAUUAGCGCUGGUGGCAGUAUGGAAGGUGCUGCUCGUCUCAACAGACAAAAGUGUGAUGUUGCCGUCAACUGGGCUGGUGGUUUGCACCACGCCAAAAAGUGCGAAGCCAGUGGCUUCUGCUACGUCAAUGACAUUGUUCUCGGUAUUCUCGAACUCUUGCGUUUCAUGAAGCGCGUCCUCUACAUCGACAUUGACGUCCACCACGGUGACGGCGUCGAAGAGGCCUUCUACACUACCGACCGUGUCAUGACUGUCUCCUUCCACAAGUACGGUGAAUACUUUCCCGGCACUGGUGAAUUGAGAGAUGUCGGUAUUGGUGGUGGCAAAUAUUACUCGGUCAACUACCCUCUUCGCGACGGUAUCACGGACGAAUCCUACAAGUCGAUCUUCGAGCCUGUCAUCGAGAACGUCAUGAAGUACUAUCAACCAGAGGCUGUUGUAUUGCAGUGCGGUGGUGACAGUUUAUCAGGGGAUCGUCUUGGUUGCUUCAACCUGAGUAUGGAUGGCCACGCCAACUGUGUUAGUUACGUGAAGAGUUUUGGCCUGCCUACUCUGGUUCUUGGUGGUGGUGGCUACACUAUGCGCAACGUUGCCCGUACGUGGGCUUACGAGACUGGUGUUCUUGUCGGCCAGGAAAUGGACCGAACGCUCCCCUACAAUGAAUAUUAUGAAUACUAUGCUCCCGAUUUCGAACUGAACGUCCGCUCCUCGAACAUGGAGAACUCCAACAGCCGAGAGUACCUCGAGAAGAUCACUGCCUCUGUCAUUGACAACCUCCGUAAUACAGGCCCUGCGCCGUCUGUCCAAAUGCAGGAUGUGCCCCGCAAGCCGUUUGGUGGUAUGACUGACGAGGAAGAGGCUGAGCUGGACGAUCUCGACGAAGACGAAAACAAGGAUGUUCGCAUGACUGAGCAUCGCUGGGACAAGCAGAUUCAGCACGAUGCUGAUCUCGAAGCGAGUGAUGAUGAGGACAUGGCAGCUGCCAAUGGUAUCACGCGACGUGGCAACAACAGAAGAAACUUGACCGACUUUAGCAAAGCGGAUGCCGAUGCCGAUAGCAGUAAGAAGGCCUCCACAAAUGGCGCCGACGAGGCUGCUGCCGAUGAGACUGAGGUUGGAGAUGAGACCAUAGAAGACGUUGCUGUUGCAACUGACGAAGCCAAGGAAAAGACAGCUGACAAGGGUGCCGUUGACAACGAUGGCGAUGUCGGUAUGGAAGACUCCACAGUAGCAGAAGAAGGCACCAAGAUUAAGGAAGAGGAAGGCGAUGAUGCUGCUGCCGCUGCUCCCAAGGAGGAUACCGCAGCCCCUUUAGAAGAGCCGAAAGCAGAUGCUGAAGCAGCCACCAAGGGUGACGCCAGCACCGACGAAGCACCAAAGGCGGAGGCUGAGUCGAAAGAGAAAACCGAAGCCAAGGAUAAGGAGCCUGAGGCCGCUGAUGCCAUGGAAGUGGACGAUGACAAGGAGAAAGACAAGGAAGCAGACGGAAAGGAUACCUCCAGCUAGUGUUGCCGAGGUUCGUUUUUUGAGAUCUGAUCAAUAUUUCUCCUUUCUCACCAUGACAGUGUCUUGAUUGUCAUUCUCUCUAGGCAAGGACAGAUCAUGGUAUGACAAUUCACGGCUUCGAUAUAGGCGUUUUGGGCGUAGCGAUGGCUCAGCGAUCACGGAGAAGACAAGAGGGGAGCAGAAGAGGCGCUCAUGGAGUGCCAUUGUGUACUAGUUUUUCCAUAUGUUUGCUGUGCUUGUUUUUUAAUCCUCCUUUUUUGGUUUCCAAAAAUUGUGAUUUUAGAGCUACUGGAUGUUUUUCUUUUUGUUUUGGAGCUGAGUUUCUAUAUAGCCAACCUCCUGUUUAUAUGCUUUAUGUGACU